AUGUUAAGAUUGAGGACCUCGUAUAUACCUCAGCUUCUGGGAAAAUAUGGUUCAGUAUAUUUCAAACAAUCUACAAUAUCAUUAGCUGCAUGUUACACUACAGAUUCUAACACUAAAGAUCAAUCAGUCCCUGAAUCAACUGGCUCUACUAUUUCAAAAGAUGAAAUUAUAAAUACUUCAUUGAAACAAAAUGAAGUUAAUUAUGAAAAUAGUAUCCCUUGGUAUUUGCAAAUGACUAAACAGAAAGAACAAAGGGAAUCUUUAUUAGCAUCUACUCAGCAAGAAAUUGAGUUCCCAAAUAAUUCUCCACAAUCACUUAUCAAGAUAUGUAAUUUUCUAGCAAAAGAACAAGGUUUGAAAGAUAUAUUAGUAUUUGACAUGAGAAAUAGUGAUAUGGUUACUAGUAAAAUGGCAGAUUUAAUGGUUGUUGCAACAGCAAAAUCCAUAAAACAUUGUCAAAAUACAUAUGUGGAACUGAAUAAAUUAAUCAAACAAGAAUUUUCAAAUAUGGCCUAUCUCGAAGGUAAUAUCAACCGAAAUGAUGAGCGGAAGAAGAAGAAAAGGUUAUUAAGAAGAAAUAAUUUAGGUGGCGUAUGGAAUGUAAACAAAAGGAACAUCAAUACUUUCGAAUCUAAUGAGGCUUGGUAUAUGGUUGAUACCCGUACAGAUAAUAUAUUCGUUAAUAUUUUGACGGAUCAAAGACGUGCAGAGUUAAACUUGGAAGAGUUAUACUCACCAGAAAAUGAAAAACAUCUAUGGACUCCUAAACUUACAUCAAAAUCUAAAACUGGAGAAUCAAACGAAUUGUUAGAAGUCAGCGAGGAGAAUAAUGUGUUAUCAGGUUUGAGACGUCUGGCUGAACAACGAAGACAUUAUUCUACGUAUUCACGUCAAUAUUCUACUUCAUCGAGAAGAACCAGUAAAGCCAUUAAUGGAGAAAUACUUAAAAAUUUACAAGAAUCGUUACAUUCCCAAGAUUUUGAAAAGGCAAAUAUCGUUUUGAAUAGCAGUAUAUCUGUUUUUAAAACUGAGACAUUAAACCCUAUUUUACAAUGCAUCAACGACACUUUACUACUCAUUAAUUCGACAGGUAUAAGUAAUGUCAACAUGGAAGAUUGGGUAAAUAUUUUUGAUAAGGCAUGGCCGUUAAAUUCGGCAUCAGUUAAUAAAGAACUAUGGGAUCUUAGAUUUGGCUUCCUCGAAACUCUAGCUUCAAGUCAGCCAAGUAUCACUUCGAUGAAGAUAUUUAUAGAAAACUACUUUAAAUUGAAACUAUAUUCCAAUGCAGACAUAACUGUACAUGAAAUUACUGAAUUCAUGAAACUAACGGUUGCUAGAGCCAACAGCUUGCAAUCGAGAAAUGGGAACAGGAAGCUGUUACGGAAGGAGAAUAUACUUUUUGAUAGUUUGUUAAAGUUGUUUGUAGGGACUAAAUUGGAGACUCGAAUAAUGCACAACCCAGAAGUUCUGGAUUUAAUACUUAGAUCAAUGGUAAUGAAUCAUAGUAGCAGGCUAGAUUCUUUCCCACGUGUAAUUAGAUAUCUAUCUAUGAUACCUCAAUUGUCUCAGAGUACAAUAAUCAGUAUAAUCGAUAUACUAUCUCGACAUAAACUAUGGAACGAAUUAUUUAAGUUUUGGGAAGAAAGAUCAGAAAAAAUUCAAUUCGGUAAUGAUACCAGACCGUGGAAUCACUAUCUUAAAGCUAUUGUCGACUCCAAAAAUCCAUAUGUCAUUGAUAAGUUCAUUAGUAAGGGUCAUCUAUUAUGGAUCCUAAGGUACGGAGUUGAAAUUUCAGAUGAACAUAAACAGAUUAUUCGAAAUAUGCUCAAUAUAGUAGAUCCAAAUAAUAAAAAGUUUAAAUACCAAAGUGCACAAUUUAACUUGUAA